CUGCAAUUUUUUUCUCUCCUGUUCCGUUUAAGCAGCAUCCUCUGCAACUAGUGUACCCUACUUCUCCACCGCGCCGCUGCUUCUCCGAGCAGCGACCGCAUGUUCAACUCCCCAACGCUCAUACUGUAAAAUAUAAAGUUGAAGAGUAGAUUCCUCUGAAAUGGACGGCGCGCAACUCAUCGAUGAUGGAUUUCCGGCCUCAAAGCUGUUCAACCAGGGAUACUCCUACACAUACGACGACGUCAUCUUCCUCCCCCACUACAUCGACUUCCCCACCGACGCCGUUUCUCUCUCCACCAAGCUCAGCCGCCGUGUCGCCCUAGCUAUACCAUGUGUCUCUUCUCCAAUGGACACGGUCACUGAAUCUUCCAUGGCCACCGCCAUGGCUUCACUUGGAGGUAUUGGUAUCGUACACUAUAACACCCCCACUUCUAAUCAGGCUUCGCUAAUUCGCCAAGCUAAAUCGCAUAAAAUUCCUUUUAGCUAUGAGCUUGUAUUUAAGUCUCCGUCGGAUUCAAUUUUGUCCGCCGACGAGUUCUGCUCCGCUCCCUGCAUUUUCGUUACCGAGUCAGGGAGCCAGAGGUCGAAAUUUUUAGGUUUUGUGAAGAAAUCUGAUUGGGAUAAAUCGGAUGAUAAGGAAGCUAGGGUUUCUGAGUACAUGACGAAGUCAUCGAUUACUGUCCCAACUAGUUAUAGCUUUGAGGAUAUUGCGGGAUAUUUGGCCAAGGAUAACACUGAAUUUGUGCCAUUGGCGAGGGAUAACGGGGAAGGGGUAGGAGAAAUUGUUAACUUAGUUACUAGUGAAGAUGUGGAGAGGAUUAAGGGGUUCCCGAAGCUGGGGCUGCCGUCAUUGGCGCCUGACGGGAGUUUCUUGGUGGGGGCUGCAGUCGGGACUCGAGAGUCGGACAAGGAGAGGUUAGAGCACCUGGUGAAGGCCGGGAUUAAUGUGGUGGUUCUUGAUAGUUCUCAAGGAAAUUCAAUCUAUCAGAUUGAGAUGAUCAAGCAUGUGAAGAACAAGUAUCCUGAGCUGGAUGUGAUUGGUGGGAAUGUUGUGACGGCCUAUCAGGCGCAGAACUUGAUUCAGACAGGGGUGGAUGGAUUGAGAGUUGGUAUGGGGUCGGGUUCCAUUUGCACCACUCAAGAAGUAUGUGCGGUUGGGCGUGGACAGGCAACAGCAGUUUAUAAGGUUGCAUCAAUUGCGGCUGCGAGUUCUGUGCCUGUAAUUGCCGAUGGUGGAAUAUCAAACUCGGGGCACAUUGUGAAAGCUUUAACCUUAGGGGCAUCAACUGUGAUGAUGGGUAGCUUUUUAGCUGGAAGUAAUGAAGCUCCUGGUAUUUACGAAUAUCAGAGUGGUCGGCGAGUGAAAAAAUACAGAGGUAUGGGAUCCCUUGAAGCAAUGACGAAAGGGAGUGAUUCCCGAUACUUAGGUGAUACAGCAAAGCUGAAAAUAGCUCAGGGUGUAGUUGGAGCAGUGGCUGAUAAAGGGUCUGUGCUGAAGUUCAUACCCUACACAAUGCAAGCUGUGAAACAGGGAUUCCAGGAUCUUGGUGCCUCCUCCCUACAGUCCGCUAAUGACCUCCUGCAGUCCGGCGUGCUAAGGCUAGAGGUAAGAACUGGGGCAGCCCAAGUUGAAGGCGGGAUCCAUGGGUUGGUCUCUUAUGAGAAGAAAUCCUUUUAAAUUUUGAUCUGACAUCCAAUGCCAAACUUGUAACGUACCAUCACGUUUAUCUGUUACUUUGAAAGAUGUUUUAUUUAAAGGUUGUUACUUGCGCAUCA